GACGCGCGUUCCCCCGGAAGUCAUAGCUGUGUUUCUCGAUGGCACAUUAGCGCUCCGUUCAUUCGUUUAUAAUCUUUUCUAAAUAAUGGCAAACAGAACAGUUAAAGAUGCGAACAGUAUACACGGCACAAAUCCUCAGUAUCUUGUCGAGAAGAUUAUAAGGACGCGUAUUUAUGAGUCCAAGUACUGGAAAGAGGAAUGUUUUGGACUUACAGCCGAGCUGGUUGUGGACAAGGCUAUGGAAUUGAAGUUUGUUGGUGGGGUGUAUGGAGGAAACAUCAAGCCCACCCCAUUCAUUUGCCUGACCCUGAAAAUGCUCCAGAUCCAGCCUGAAAAGGACAUUAUUGUGGAGUUCAUCAAAAACGAGGAUUUUAAGUAUGUUCGUUUGCUUGGAGCAAUGUAUAUGCGCCUGACUGGCACCUCAGUGGAUUGCUACAAGUAUUUAGAACCACUAUACAACGACUACAGAAAAAUCAAAACCCAGAAUAGAAAUGGGGAGUUUGAGUUGAUGCAUGUAGAUGAGUUCAUAGAUGAGCUCCUUCAUGCAGAGCGAAUGUGUGACAUCAUCCUUCCCAGACUUCAGAAGAGGCAAGUUUUAGAGGAAGCUGAACUGCUGGAUACUCGCAUUAGUGCCCUAGAGGAAGACCUGGAUGAGGUGGAGACCAGUGAGGAUGAGGACGAGGAAGAAGAGAAGCAGGAAAGAGUACAGACUCCAGAGCCACACAGAAGGAGUUACAGAGAUGUGGACCGACCACGCAGAUCUCCAUCUCCACGCUACAGACGAAGCCGGUCACCUAGAAGAAGGAGCAGGUCCCCCAAAAGAAGAAGCCCAUCACCUAGACGUGAACGAGAUCGGGAUCGCCACCGCAGCAAAAGUCCCCGUAGACAUCGCAGCAGAUCCAGGGACAGAAGACAUCGUUCUAAAUCUCCAGGUCACCACAGAAGCCACCGGCAUCGCAGUCACUCCAAGUCCCCAGAAAGCCGGUCUAAGAAGAGUCAUAAGAGUCGCCGAAGAGAAAAAGAAUAAUCAGUUUUUAUGUUUUUGUGGUCUGAAAUGUAUGGAAAAAGCAAGUCAAUUUUUGUUAUUAAAAGCGCAAUAUUAUGUUUAAAUCAACCCUGCCCAAUUUAUUCAUAAAAGGUUUUUGCGUUUUGCAUCUUUUAAGUGAUUUUUACAGCCAGAAUUUGAAUUCAUUUUUUGUUUAUCAUUUUUAUUAUUCAUCUGUUUGUAAGUUUAUUUCACUGUUUCAUACUGAACUUAAUUGUACUGUGUAAAAUAAACAUUUGUAGUAAUUUUA